GACCCAAGCACAAAGCAACAGAGAUCAGAUCAUAUAUACAACCGGCCCGUGGAGAUCACCUCACCCCAUCGCUAUUCUAUUGACUGCUGAGCUUUCUCAAAUCUAGUUCGUUGGUAAUGGGGCGCCACAGCAACACCAGCAGCAGCAGCAGUAAGACCGACGCCGGCGGUGAGCAGCACCGUAAGGAGGAGAAGCACCACAAGCACAUGGAGCAGCUCGCCCAGCUCGGCGCCGUCGCAGCCGGAGCAUACGCGCUGCACGAGAAGCAUAAGGUGAAGAAGGACCCGGAGAAUGCCCGGUCACACAGGAUCAAGGAGGAGAUCGCCGCCACGGUCGCUGUUGGCAGCGUCGGCUUCGCCUUCCACGAGCACCACAAGAAGAAAGACGCCAAGAAGCACGGCCGCCAUUGAUCUAGGCACGUACUAUAUGCCAUGUAUAGGCGGCAGCACUCUAGCUACUUAAUUAUACGGUUAUGACCUUUCCAUUAUUGUCUUGUUUCAUGGUGUAUUAUUGUUCACAAUAUAUACGUCUUUUCCGUUGUAUAUGCACUCUUGUAUUAACUACUAGAAAGUUGACGUAUCAUCGAUCAUGCACUCUUGGUGACUAUGAAGUAUGAAGGACGAUGCAUCAUCGAUCACACAUGUAUAUAUGUACCAAUGUAUGCUCGAGCAUGCCAUUUCGCUUAGUUCAUAAAUACAUUUUUCUGUGAGGCAAGUACUA